AAGCUAUCGACUUGGCGCCAUCUCUAUAGAGGACGCUAAGGAAUUUAGAAAACAUAUUUUUAUUUUGCGGUAAAUAAAAAAAUAAUUGCCAUGGACGAAACACAAAACUUCCAGUUCGUCCUCCCAUUGAACGCUUCUGACCUUACAAACUCCAGUGGGGAUCAGUAUUAUGUGAAGGAGAUAUUCACCAAUGCUGAUAUUCCUCAAAAACUGCAGGAAUGCAAACGGAAAGUUCACCAAGGCGAUCCCUUCUAUAUAUUUGAUCACUUCGAUAUAUAUUUCUCGAUCCUGGAGGGCCGAGGCUCCGAGUCGAUCUCCUCACAGAAUCUUAUGAGGUCUUUUGAUCUCUUAUAUUUGACGGUUGAUAAGCUGUUUCAGGAUCUACAACCUCUGCUGGUGGCUAGCGAGCCUAUGUCCAACCAGCAGCGCAUCAGAUACCUAAAUCUCACAAAGAUGACUCUGUUCCUGCAAGUGAGCAGUAAAAAGAUCAACAAUAGUGCCCAGCAAGCACUGCGGGAUCAGCAGAUUAAUGUGCAGAAAAAGCGAGCUAAGCAGUCGGACACACUGGAGCAGUUUCCUCAGUGGGAUGUCAAACGAGGCAAGUUCCUCGUGCAGCUCUUCAACGUACUCCAGUGCCCACUAGAAAAGCUUUGGAGUCCGCCCGUCGCGGAGGAUGACUUUAUUUCAUUGCUUUGCGAUGUCUGCUAUCGAACGCUCGAGUUGCAGCCUCUACGCCCAGAUAACAAACAUGUGUUUGACACAGUCUUUCAAAUCCUUGGCACCUCUAUUAAGCGCUAUAACCAGGCCAUGACCUUUCCGGUCCGGGUCCUGCAAAUUCUGCGUGGCACUGAGCAUGCGGCCGCAUCCGUAGCCACCGGAAUACUACUACUGCACGAGGAAUAUGGAAUCUCUUCGGUCUUUUCUAUUCUAAUCAAGAGCAUUGUGGACGCUUUGAAACUGGACAGCUCUGAUUCCACUGUGUCCAAGCACUUUUCAAACUUUUUAGCCGAGUUCUCGAACAUCGCUCCAUCACUGAUCGUUCCGCAUUUGGAGAAGCUAGCUGAUGACCUUCUGGAUUGCCAGUCGCACACUUUGCGUAAUUGUGUGCUCCAGAUUAUCGGCGACACUGUGGUUAGCGAACUGACCUCUGAGGAUCUCAGCGAAGAACUGAAAGAAGUGCGCAACGAGUUUCUCGAGCACCUGAUGGCUCACAUCUUGGAUAUAUCAGCUCAUGUGCGCUCCAAGGUGCUAAGCAUUUGGCACCACUUAAAAGUGCAGCACGCCAUUCCGCUCAACUUUUUAACCCGAGUGCUGGAAGAAGCCAUCGGAAGAUUGGAAGACAAGAGCUCGAUAGUGCGGCGUGCUGCCAUGCAACUGAUCAAAUCCGCUCUGGAAAGCAAUCCAUACUGUAGCAAACUUUCCCUGGACGAACUACGCGCCAAGCAUGAGCGGGAAGUUCUCGCCAUGGAGAAGCUCAACGAGGUACUUGAGGAGGAGCGCAAACAGGAGGAGAACCUCAACGACGAGUUUAGCUCCCUUGCGCCCGAACUUCUGCCCUUUAUCGAGGCCAAUCUUACGGAGUUUCCUGACAUGCAGUUUGAUAAAGAGGAAAGCGACGAGACAUUACUAGAGAGAAUCGUUCCACUGAUGCGUGAGAAAAACUAUAAGGAUGUCAUAGUACUGGUGAGAAAGGUGGAUUUCUUAGCUGGCAAUCAGAAUAUGAGCUCCUUGCUGAAACACGAAGAGCACUGUGUGUAUGUGCUGGCCUUGUUAAAAACAUAUCACUUGCUGGCCGCCGGAUUUAAGCAGAGCAGCGAGGAGAUGCUGCAACAGAUUAAAACGGUCCAGUUUCUGAAGGACAGCAUUGACUUUGCUGUGUUGAUGACUUCGGCAUUCCCAAAACUGCACGAAAUGCUCAUGUCCAAAACAAACACAGAUGUUUUCGAGGCUGUUGAUUUGUUCACCACAGGGUACAUGUUUGGAAUCCACGGUACAGAGUCAGGAAUGCAGAGGAUGUUGCAGCUGGUCUGGUCGUCCGACAAGGAGAAGCGGGAUGCCGUGUCCGAUGCCUACAAGCGGGUUCUCUUUUCCACGGACCAAACGGGGCGAGCUCACGCCAUCCGAGUGGUGCAGAAUCUGUCCAAGUUUCUCUCGGAGAUCGAGUACGGCCACUACACGGCUAUGGAGUCGUUGAUGGCCGAGUGGGUGUCCGGUGGCGACAUUGAUGCCGCCGUCAUAGAGGUGCUCUUCCAGCGCUUCACACUCAAAUUGGAGGGUACCACUGCCAAUGAAUCUCGAUUAUCGCUUCAACUCCUAAUCAUGGCCUCACAAUCCAAGGCCAGCAUUGCUUCGGCCAACACCGGUAUUAUUGAAGACAUUGCCACCAGCGAAAGCGUGCGUCGCGAUCCUCGCAUCUUCACCGGUUGCCUGCAGUUGCUGGUCAACUCCAUCGAUGCCAACAACAAUGCCAAGUUCUACAAGCGCCACAACAGCGAUGCGGAGUUUGUGGGAAGAAUCACUCGGCUCUUUCUCGACUUUUUCUUUCACCAAAAACUAUCGGACUUUGACAGUCUGGCCAUGAGUGUGUUGGAGUAUUACUACAGGAUGUGCCAGGCGCCGGAUGUGAUUGCCCAGCAACUGGUGGUGGCGCUGCUGAAACGAUUUAAAGAGAGCUGGCUCGUCAGAGAGGCGGCUGCUCCGGAGUCCUCCCCAGUAACGAACAAGGAGAACUUUCCCGAAUCGCAACCGACAGACAUUCCCUACUCACAGCCCCUACCGCUCACCCAGACUCAAACCGAUAGUCCAUCCCAGACGCACGGCGAUCUGAUGCCAGUUUUUCUGGUCUCCCGUUUGGUGUUCUGCAUUGGGUACAUGACCAUCAAAGAGAUGAUUUUCCUUGACAUGGACAUCUAUAACAACAUGAAGUAUCGCGACGAACUGACGGCGCUCGAAGAGCGUAAAAACCGUAACCAACAAGCGGGAAUCGCAAAGAAUGCGGCCAGGCAAACGCUUAAUUUAUCCGCCAUGGAAGUGCGCAAGAGACUAUCUGGAGUGGCGGCUGAACCACAGCAAGAGCCGGAUGAGGACCUGGUAGGAGCCACCGCAGAGGAUAACAUAGCAGAGGAAAUCCAUGGCAUUUGCGAGGAAAUGCUGCUGUACAGCCCCGAUGCCCUGCUGGCCAAACUAUCGCCAUUUAUCAUUGAGAUCUGCAAGAAACCCGGAGAAUUUCGCGAUGCCAAGCUGCAACAGGCGGCAACCUUGACGCUGGCCCGACUGAUGACCGUGUCCUCCCGGUUCUGCGAAUCCAACAUGAGCUUUUUAAUGAACAUCCUCAACCUUACGAAGAACAUCCGGAUCAAGUGCAACACAGUGGUUGGUUUGUCGGAUCUCACGUUCCGUUUCCCAAAUAUUAUUGAGCCGUGGACGGGUCACUUCUACGCCCAGCUGCACGAAUCGAACACCGAGUUAAGAUUGACUGCUGUCAAAAUGCUGUCUCACCUGAUCCUGAACGAGAUGAUUCGCGUGAAGGGACAAAUCGCCGACAUGGCACUCUGCAUAGUGGACGAAAACGAUGAGAUACGCAACAUCACUAAACAGUUCUUCAAGGAGAUCGCAAACAAGUCGAAUAUUCUGUACAAUGUUCUGCCGGAUAUUAUUUCGCGACUAGGUGACAUCAACCUCAAUCUGGAUGAGGACAAGUACCGCGUGAUCAUGUCCUAUAUCCUGGGCCUCAUUCAGAAAGAUCGUCAGAUCGAGACGCUGGUGGAGAAGUUGUGCCUGCGCUUCCCGGUGACGCGGGUGGAACGCCAGUGGCGAGACAUCGCUUACUGUCUUGGUCUUCUCACUUACAACGAAAGAGCGGUGAAAAAGCUAAUGGACAACAUGCAGCACUAUAAGGACAAGGUCCAAGUGGACGAAGUCUACCAGUCUUUCAAGCUAAUCAUCAGCAACACCAACAAGCUGGCCAAGCCGGAGCUCAAAGCCGUGGUCACGGAGUUCGAAACCCGGUUAAACGAAUGCCUGCAGGUGAAUCCGGAUGCGUCAGCGAAUCCUGGGGAUCAGCCCGCGGGCAGCACCGAAAGUCAGGCUAAUAGAACCCGGGCGGCCAAGCCAAAGAAGGGCGGUCGCAAGCCGGUUGCCAGCAAGAAGACUUCUGCACGAGGACGCGGCAGACGAAGUCGCCAGGAUUCCUCCUCAGAGGAAAGUAGUUCCAGUAGCGACGAUUAGUUUCAUAAAAUUUUAAUAGUUGCGGAGAAAUUUCUACGAUUUUAAACAGAUUUGUAAUAAAUUUUUAACCUUUUACUAAGAGUCAAUAAAAAUAUUUUAAUACA